AUGGAUAAUAAAGAUAAACUAAAACAACAAUUAGAUAAUAAUAAUAAUACUCCUUAUUCAUUUACAGGAAAAUUAAAAGGUCUAUUAAAAAACUCAUGGCUAAUUAAUAAUAAAAAAGAAUCAUCAUCAUCAAUAGUUCCAUCUUCAUUUAUAAAACCAUUUAAAUUUGAUCCACCUCAAACUACAUUACCACAAUAUAAAUUACCAGGAGCAUUUAAUAAUAAUAUUACACCAGCAAAAGAAGAGGUUACAGUAGACCCCGAUCAAUCUACAAAUGAAAUAUUAUCAAAUUUUUUUAAAAGAAAAGGUGAUAAACCUUUAAAUGAUAUUGAAUAUGAAGGUGUUAUGUCAUUAAUAAAUAAAUCAAAAUUAACAACUCCUAAUAUUAACUCAUCAAUGAUUGAAUUAUCAAGGAAAAGAUUAAAUGAAUCUGAAGAUGAAGAUGUUUCACAUUUAAAUAGAAAGUCAAAACAACAAAAAUUAAUCAAACGUGAUCCAAAUACAACUAUAAAUACACCGGGUUAUAAACCAAAUUAUAAAUCAAUCAACGAAUCAACAUUUGAUAAUUUUAAUAAUACUACAAUAUCACAUUUACCUCAUUUAAAACGAGUUUUUGAAUUUAAUGGUGUUCCAUCUCCUUAUAGAACUAAAAUUAGACCACCAGUAUUGAAAAGAAAACCAGAAAUAAGUAAAAAUCAUCAAUCAAUGACAAUUGAUGAUUCCAUAAUUAAAAGAAAUGACAAUAUGACAUUUUCAGAAGAUAAUAAACCAAAAAGUGAAACUGCAAGAGGAUUAUUAGAUGUAUUAGAUAAAGAAAAAGAAAAAACUCCAAUAGAAUCAAAAUCAGAAGGUAGUUCUGAUAAAUUAAAAUUAUUUAUAAAUCCAUAUGGUGCAUCAAGAAAGAAAAGUAAACCAGUAAAACAAGCAUCACAAUUAAAUGGUACUACUAAAAAAAGAUCAAUAUGUAUAAACGCAAAUGAUAUAGAAAAGACUAAAAAUUAUGAUAAAUCAGAGUCAUUACCAACAAUACUGAAAUUGAAACCAGAAAAUAAUGGUACAACAACUAUUCCAAAAUCUAAAUUUAAUUUUGAAUUUCCAAAACCUGAAUUAAUUAAAGUAGAGUUAGAUAAUAAUAAAAUUAACAAAUAUAAAAAACUCUUUGAGUUUUAA